AUGGACCAAGGCAUCCCCUACGUCUCCGGAACAGCCAUUAAGUCUCAGGUGUUCACCGACUUCAUCGCGGAAUGGAUAGAGGUCCAGACACCAUCGACGCUGGUGGAGCAGAAGUACUGGACGAUGUACUUCGACGGGUCACUGAUGAAAACUGGUGCCGGAGCAGGCCUGGUCUGCAUCUCCCUCCUCGGCGUGAGCUUAAGGUUCUCGUCAAUGGGCUCCGCAUCGGCAUCGAGCUGGGCAUCUGACGGCUUAACAUCCAAGCUCGAGGACAAGUUCGACUGUCUUGAGCUCAACCACAUCGCAAGAUGCUUCAAUGAGGCAGCCGACGAACUGGCAAAGGCAGCAUCUGGCCGGAGGCCAGUCUAUGUCGGCGUCUUUGUCAGUAACUUGCAUAAGCCCUUGGUCCGCUAUGAAGAGCUGGGAGAGGCCGGCAACAAGCCACCUGUCCCAGACCUGGAGGCUGACCCCUCUGACCCCGAGGUCAUGGAGAUCGACGCAGACCCGGCAGAAAGGGCCGACCCUCUACCUGACUGGAGAGCUCCGUACCUCGACUACCUCAUCCGUAAGUCACUCCCUACGGACAAGACGGAAGCGCAAAGGAUUGUCCGUCACGCCAAGUCCUUCGUCAUCAUCAACCAAGAGCUCUACAAGCAAAGCCAUACCAGGAUCCUACAACGCUGCAUCCCCUUCGAGCAAGGAAGGCCCUUCAAGAAAGCACCUGGGAGCUUCACCCACCUACUCAUCGCCGUCGACAAAUUCACGAAGUGGAUUGAGGCUCGACCAAUCGCGCAGAUCAAAUCCGAGCAAGUGGUGAAAUUCUUCACCAACAUCACUCAUUGCUUCGGAAUCCCCAACUCCAUCAUCAUGGACAAUGGCACGCAAUUCACCGGGAAAAAAUUCCUCAGUUUCUGCGAUGAUCACCACAUCCGUGUGGACUGGUCGGCCAUGGCACAUCCCUGUACGAACGGACAAGUUGAGCAGGCCAACGGCAGGAUACUCCAGGGUCUCAAGCCAUGGAUCUUCAACCGCCUAAACAAGUUCGGCGGCUGA